GAUAUGUUGCGAAUUCUACUUCUGCUACUGGCAUUCUGUGCCUUGGCACAUGGACAGUGCCGAUUCACCAGAGCUCAAGUGCAAGGGACCAAUCGGAUCUUUAUGGUGCGUGGUCAGAACCGCCAGCUGUCCCUUAAGCGAACAGCCAGUUCGGCGGUUGGCGAAACCCUGCAGAUGUGGUGCAAUCCCCGGGACAUAGUGGCCACCACCUGCCAGGCGGGAAGGGUUCCAGCCUUCCAGCCACCCUUGCCCAUGACCUGCCGCGCUGCUCCGGCGGCCAUCACCACACCGGUCCAAGAUCGCAGAUGUCCGGCCACCAUGUACCGGGUGGGCUACAACGUGGGCAACAACCAGUUCCUGGAGCUCUAUCGCGCCUGCUUCGAUACCAGAGCUGUGAGGGCUAUCUUCGUGGAACACCGGGUGUAUGGAAAGCCCUUCUAUAUCACCCGACCCUGUGUCCAAUUUAGUUCGGAUGGAGUGAUCAGUGGCGCGGAUGAAGCUAGCUAUACGGUCCGAAAUAUCCACGGCACCUUUAGGAGGCUGUUUGGCAACAAUCAGAACUAUAUACCGAACAACCGCGAUGUGAUCAUCAAUCGCGGACAUCUGGCCGCCUCGGCCGACUUCUUCUUUGGUGACCAAUUGUGCGCCACCUUCAAGUAUGUGAAUGCAGUGCCGCAGUUCAAGAGCAUCAACGAUGGCAACUGGGAGACCAUCGAGCGAUUCGUUCGUAAUUCGGUGACCGGAAACAACUUUGUGAAUGUGCGCACCGGGGCCAGGGGCGUACUCUCGCUGCCAUCGGGCAAUAGACCCAAGAAUGUCUUCCUAAGUGGCAACAGGAACCCGGUGCCCCAGUGGAUGUACAAGAUAGUGCGGAACGCCAACAACCAGCCCAUCGUGGCCUUCCUCACCCUGAACAACAUCUACGCACGUCAACGUCCAGCUGCUCCCAACUUUUGUCAGCCCGUGAAUUGCCCAGUGGCAUUGGUCAACACGGCACAGGCUGGCUUUUCGUUCUGUUGCAACCCCGCCACUUUCAGGCCCUAAUUGGAUGCCUUUCUCAAUAAGAAAAACCUGUCAGCCUUACAAAAAUGUGAGGUUUUUAAUAUAACAAAAUUCAAACAUGGUAAUAAUUUAAACAAUAAUUUAAACUGAAAUUAAAAGUAUAUUAUUUUGGCUUUAG